CGGUUUACUAUUUCAAAUUAAUUAUAUACGAGUAAUGCCUUCCAUAUUGCUAAAGCCGCACCGCAUCCUUGAAGUACGGCGCGUACUACUCAUACUCGGAUUGUUCUGCCUGGUGAGCAGCGCGACGCAUGAUGAAUUGCCACAGUGCGGUCUAUCGGGCGUUUAUAAGACACGCCAAAGUGUUGUAGAAUCACCGAAUUAUCCGAAUAAUUAUCCAACAAACACCUGUUGGGAUUACGUUAUCCGUUCACCGUAUCGUUGCCCAACAAAAUUUCAUAUACAAUUUUUAGAUUUUCACCUCGAAUCGUCGGAAAAUUGCACCAAUGAUUACUUAGCAAUAGGCCUUGAGAACGAUGGCGAUGAUAUGGAUCUGCUCUGUGGCCAAGUUAUUGGCAUUAAAAAGUACCACACACCAGAUGGUAUACUUCGACUACGUUUCUUGUCUGACGGCUCACCUUGGUCGACUGCCAGGGGUUUCAAAUUGCUAAUCACCCGUUUGGCUUGCGAACGCGAAGACUACUUGCGCGAGAUGCUGGACGGCAAUGAUGAGGAUACAGAGGAGUUGUUGGCACCUUCUUUGGAGUUUAAGCCACCACAAGCCACAUUACCCCAAUUAUUUCGAAAUUGGACGCAAGUUGAACAACACCUACCAUAUCCCACACAGCCGUUAUUUGGUUGGAAUUUGCCUGAACAUUUACCUCUACCACCACCGCCACCGGUGCCCGGGAGUUUGUAUGCGCCACUGCCAUCAAAUCAACCACUUGCUCAAAAUAUUGGGAAUAAUAAGCCAUGCAUACAGGAUCAAGUGUUAGUAAAGCCGCCAUAUCUUCAAUAUCUACGAUAUCCAGCGUUGGGCUACAGAAGCAAUGAAGCGCAGAAACCGGUGAGUGCGGAUCAAUAUGUGGGUGUUUGGCCAUCAGGAACGCAGAGUGCACAGCAAGCACGAGUGUCAGAUCAGGCGUUAAAAACUGAACCUUUGCUUAAGGCUGUGAAUGAGGUGCAACCGCGCCAACAAUUCCUAGGCACACAAUUCAGUGAUGGAUCGCAGUUUACUGGCGGGCCAACAUUGAGUCCGCAGUAUGGUGGUGUUCCACUUGUGGGCUCGCAAUUUGGCGUUGCGACAGCGCCAAUCGCACCGCUUAGUGGCACUCAAGCCACGGGUGCAAUCACAGCGGCACCCCCACAACAAUGCUGCACUUCAUCUUUCCAUCAAAAGCGUUUCUACCUUUCCAGCCCGGGCUUUCCACGUACAGCCUUCACUUCACUCCUGCCUACACAGCAACGUGAUUGCCAAUUCGGACUGGAGAAACAUGCGGAUAAUAUCUGCCGUCUACGCGUUGAAUUCAAAUUCUUCGACUUUGGACAAUCCUAUGCGGGCACCGGGGAUGUGCAUGGAAAUGUUAAUAUAGCGAUUAGUACUACUAAAGAUGUUUGCACAGAGGACUUUAUUGAGAUAAGCGGCGAACGUUUUUGCGGCUGUCGCACCGGUUAUAUUUAUACUAGUCCUUGGAGAUUGGGUACAAAGCAGAUACGUAUGCGUAUGGGCUAUUCGGGCAUACCAUCGAGUGGUUUCUUGCUUGAGAUCUAUCAAGAGGAAUGUCAAGAGACUGCCUUUAUAAAGCCGGAACGGCCCGCGCAGGAUGCGAUAAGUACUGGAGCGCAGCAAGUCGGCAUUGCGCAAGGGAAUGCGAAUGUUGGGCAACAAAAUAUUGUUGGUACGCAAAAUGCUCUUAACCCUACGCAACCAACCAUUUUCAGCCAGCAACAGUUGCCAUCGUAUCAGCAACCACCCUACUUUACGCAGCCACCGCAAGGGAAUCUACCGCUAGAUCUACCUUAUCGGCACUUGCAAACCGCAAAUUUCAAUCCCUUCUUGGUGGCACAGCAGCAGCAGCAGCAGCAACAACAACUGUGGCCUCCAACAAUACAGCCACCACCAUUUACCGCUUUGCCCAAUACUUUACCGCCUUUGGGAUCACCACUACCCUUUUAUCGUCAUGCCAGAACUUCGGAUUUUGCGCUUGCAGCGAGUACACAUCAACCGAUGACGGUUGUGGAAACUAAUUCUACACGAAAAGAAUACUACUACUUUGAUGGUGACGAAGCAUUCGGGCAUUCGCGUGCGAACGAUGAACCAGACGAUUUGGAUCGCAACGGUGUUGCGCCUGCAGCGACGGUGCGCGAUCGUUGUAGUUUCUCGACAAUGGAUGCAUUGCGCUUGACAGUGGAUUCAUUGUGGAUAACCAAGCCCACUUGUUAUGCACCGUUGCGCAGUUGGUUUAGUAACAUUUUUGGCUGAGAAAAGAUCGACAGUUGAGUUUGUAUGUAA